UUCUUCGUGUUUCUUGGAAAAUACUUGGAAAUCCAAUUCGGCGUGCCGCAGUAUCGGAUUCAAAAAUACCUAGCUGCACUAGGCCGUGCGUUGGAUUUGGCUUGUGGAAAGAAGGCUGCUACAUGCGCCGUCUGCUCACUAGUGGCUGCCUUGUUGUCUUUUGCAAAUGGCUUUGUCGGAUGCAAAUCUGUGAUCGGACAGAUUGGAGACCAGGGCGUAGCAAACAACUUCUCAUUUCCCUCAUGCCGAAAGGAUUGCGUUUGUGACGGAAUGCCCUUCUAUCCUGUUUGCAAUAGAAAGCGAAGGAGACGUCUUUUACUCGCCUUGUCAAGCCGGUUGUCCUUUGAGCGGAGCCAAUUUCAGUAUCUACACAAAGAUGGAGAAAGGGAUGCCACUGACCUUCACGGAGUGCGAAUGUUCUGGAACUCG